AUGGAGCUCGCAGCAGGCCUCUCCGGCUCCCCUCGGCGCAACGGCAGCCAGGAGGGGGCGCUGCCGCCGCUGCCCACCUUCUCGUCGGCCGCCCUGGCGCGGGUGGUGCUCACGCUGCUGCUCUGCGCGCUGGCCACGGCGGGCAACGCGGCGGUGCUGCGGGCGGGGCUGGCGGCGGCGGCGGGCAGGGGCGGGCGGGGGCGGCGGGGGCUCUCCCCGGCGCGGCGGCUGCUGCUGCACCUGGCGGGGGCCGACCUGCUGGUGGCGCUGGUGGCGAUGCCGCUGGACGCCGCCUGGAACCUGACCGUCGAGUGGCGCGGGGGCGACGGCGCCUGCCGCCUGCUCAUGUUCCUCAAGCUGCUGGCCAUGUACGCCGCCGCCUUCCUCACCGCCCUCGUCAGCCUCGACCGCCACGCCGCCCUCCGGCACCCCCUCGCCCUCGCCGCAGCCCCCCGCCGGCCGCCCCCCGCCGCCGCCGCCGCCUGGCUCCUCAGCGCCGCCCUCGCCCUGCCGCAGCUCUUCCUCUUCCGGGCGGUGACGGUGGGCUCCCCGCCGCGGACCUUCACGCAGUGCUCCACCCGCGGCUCCUUCGCCCGGCGCUGGCACGAGGCGGCCUACAACCUGCUCACCUUUGCCGGCCUCUUCCUGCUCCCCCUGCUGGUCAUGGUCGCCUGCUACGCCCGCAUCCUCCGCCACAUCGCCCGCCACGCCCGCAGCGGCCCCCCCUCGGCUCCGGAGCUGCCUCUGCGCCGCUCGCGCAACCCCAUCCCACAGGCUCGACUGCGCAUGCUGCGCCUCAGCGUGGCCAUCGUGGGCUCCUUCGUGGUCUGCUGGACUCCCUACUACUUGCUGGGCCUCUGGUACUGGUUCUGGCCGGCCGCCAUGGAGGGCACCGUGUCUCACUCGCUGGCCCACCUCCUCUUCCUCUUUGGCCUCCUCAACGCCUGCCUGGACCCCCUCCUCUAUGGCCUCUUCACCACGCCCUGGCCCCCCCGGAGGCCCUGGCUGCAGGGCUGCCGCCCAGUGGGAGGAAGGGGGCCCCAACCUCCCACCGCCUCCUCCUGCCGCAGCUCCCCCUCCACUGCUUGCGCCAGACGUGACGGGGGGCCUCCACGUGGCAGCCAAGCCCCCUUGGCUCUGGGCCAAGGACCCCCUUUGCAGCAGCCACUGGGGAGACAGGACUGA